UUUACGACAAAGAAACGUUUACAGCUAAGCAGGAAGAGGUUGUUAAGGUCGAGGAGAAAGAACUCGCUAUACAGAAAGCUUAAGGAAAGUAUCGCCAUGGCUGGACGUGGCAGAGGAAGAGGUAAACCUACUAUGUCCAUUAGUACAGAACAGUUAGGUUUUUCCAAAGGCGAAGCAUUACCGCCACCAGUUUUACAACCUCCUCCAAAGUAUCCUCCUUUGGAGUACAAACCGUUACUUCUAACCGUUACAACAGAGACCAAUUAUUUGCUGGAACUGAAAAGGGAGUUUGCAGAGUUCAUGAGAGAGUCGCCGAACAAUGUUUUACCGGUUGUAAUAAAGAAAGAUAUAGAACGAUACUCGGAUCGGUAUCAAGACUUAAUAACAGACAAGAGCAGUUACGAAACAAGGUACGACUGGAGUAGAAUGCCAGCAGAGUUGAAACCCCAACCACGUAAACGAAAAGGACAGAAACUGGAUAAGUCCGAUAAAAAGCAAAAAAACGUUGAUAUAGAAACAAAGUUACAAGAGUUGGAGAAGAAGGAAAAUUUGCAGCAGAGCGACGCAGAGGAGGAGGAAAAAGAGGAGGAAGAAGCGGAGGAGAAGGACGAGGAACACGCGGAAGAGGAGGAAGAGGAAUUGGACGAAGAAAUGGACGAGGGAACCGAUUACGUGAACAACUACUUCGAUAAUGGAGAAGGUUACGACGACGAAGACGAUAAUUUAGACGAUGGACCUAUUUAUUGAAGUAGGUUUUUCUGAUAAAAAUCGGAAAUCUUUCUUCGCUCGAAAUAUGGAGCUGCCAUAUUCCUAUGUUAAUUCGUAUGUUAAUGUGUAUAUAUAUUUUUAUGCCGAUCUUUUGAUCGCGUGUACCGAUAAUAAAUUAUUCUUCGCGCGUAAAAGAUUUUUUUACUUGCUAAUGUAGUUAUUAUAGGAAGGCUUUAGUUUACUCGUUGUGUAAAUUAUAGCAUCAAGAAGGUACGUAGUUGGGCAUGGAUCAAUGAAGAACAAUGAAGAGUGUCACAGGAAGCGUCGGCGUGUUCUUUAUUACGAGUAUUUCAAUCUCUAAUAUAUAAUAUAUAUAUAUUUAUAUAUAUAAUAUAUAUAUAUAUAUAGCCAUAAUAAUCUGCAAUUAUUGUAAUAAAUGAUCCUCCUCUACGAUGCAAUCGGAGAGUAAAAACGCAAUUUUGGACGAGAAGGGGAUGCGCAAAAGUACCGUAGUGUUACGUAAUGCUUACGUUACGCUCGCCGUGUAAUAGUUCCAUUAUCAAUCCCAAAUAGUUAUCAUUUUCUCUCGCUUUAUCGCAACAAUAAUUCGUUCUGUCGUCUUCGCUCCCGGAAUGUGCACACUGAGCGCGCGGGAAAGGAUCGUUGAAAGAAAGAAAAAAAAUAAAAGAAAGGUUUCGAUAGAAGUCCGGUAUUUUUCCUGAAAUUUCCAGCCGCUUACAUUGUGUGCUUGUUUUUAAUACGAGGCGAUUCAGAAUGAAAACCGAUAUAAGGGGACAAGCGAUCGAAUCGUUUGCGAUAAUUUGGCGGAAAAUGAAGAUUGUACGUCUAGGCUUCGAAACGACAUCGUUUAACGCUUUGAUUUUCGCGAGAAUUUUUCUGGUACUAUAAACCAUGAUUUGAUAGAAGAAUUAAAAUUGAUCGUUAUUAAGUCUCGGAUUUAACUGGAAUUUAAUCGAUUGGAGGAAAAACCGUGAUCUUUCGCGGAAUAUAGUAGAAACAGAUAGAAAAUAGAAGAUUUCCUCGCGAGUUCAAAGCGUUAAUCGUGUCACGAUUUGGCAGUAAAUCGAGCAAGCUAACAAAAAUUCCGUCGCUUGGAAAAUUUCGUUUCGGAUACGCGUUGGCAUGGUCCACCUGUUCCAGCAACUAACAACGAAUUGCCUACGUUAUGGCAAACGGUUCAGCUCUGAUAUUUUAACGUCAACUGAUAACGCAUCGUUAGAAGAACGCAGAAACGUGCGACUUUUACAAAUAUGAGAAAAUAUAAACGGACAAACGCGUCGUUUUCAUGUUACUCAUUUUGUCAGACUUAUCCAUCCUUCAUUACGACCAGUUCAGCAUUUUAUCUUAUUCCGUUUAUGUUAUUCUGUUUUGCAAAAUACGAGAAAUCCGACGAUUCAUCUUCGCAUCGUUCGUUGUAUCAAUAUCAUUUAACAGCAUCACCGAUAUUUCCUGAUUUCACGCGAUUCUCUUAUUCCGACAAAACAGCCUCUCUCCUCCUUCGUUUCUACUAUCGUUGUUCAAACGUUAGUUUCUUUUCGCCCGCAUCAUUCGUAA